ACACUUCACUCGCAUCAGAACUUAGCUUUGCAAAUACCAACCUGAUUGUUCAGCUGCAAUUCGUCUUACUAUAUGGAAGAAGAUAGUGACUUGAGUAACCCCAACAACGGGUCUCUCGACGGUUCGGCUUCGCAAAAAGAUGAAUUGAUUAGAGAGAUCAACAGUUUACAAGGCAGCUUUCAAGAACUCUCGGAGCGGGUUGACAAGGUGCAGGCUGAAUGUGACCGGAAAAAAGCCGAUAAUGAGACUCUUCAGACCUACGUCAACAACCUAACUCGGCAGAACAUGCUCAUUACCAGCGCUAAAUAGGUACUGAUCGAUAAUCAUGAAGCGCAAAUUGACAUUUCACGCCCUGUAGAAAGAGGAUACGCACGGCAUAUUGCUCUGGUUACUCAUCGCUGAUCUCUACCUUACGGUCACCGCUUGGACUGCUCGCAUCAUUUCCCGACAGGAUCUACCGCUAUUGCGUGGUCGAUGUCUCUUGGCGUUGUUUACCCCUUGCCCAUCACCUUCGAACCUGUGCUCUGUCGCUCAAGGCCCGGGCGUCUCAUCACGCGGCCUGGAAUAGGACCGGAGUUUGCUUGGGUACGAUUGUCCAGGAGUUCGUGAAAUCGGUUUUUCUCUCUUGAACUCGGUUAUCAACGCCCAAUC